UAUAUUUGCAGAAAAUUUUGAGUUCAUUUUUCCUCCGUAAAGUUCCAGAUGAUUGAAAAUUUAUAUCAAGAUUACUUCCAAAUGAAUCUAUUUGUUAUUUCGUGUAUUUAAGCAGUUUCAAGAUCAAAAAGUAUUUUGUGUUUGCGCUAUACGCCAACUUUUGCGCUGACGUUAAUAAAUACACUGACAGUUGUCAAAACGAAUGCGCCGUUAUCAUUGAAAUUGUCAUUUUAACCCAUCGUGGUCUGGAGCGACUUGUGUCUGUCAUGUACGUUAAUCGUUAUGCUGAAUUUAAACGAACCUCAAUAGGACGUCGGCAAACUGAACUUUAAGAGUUAUGCUGGCAGCUGAGUCUUGUUAAAGGAAUCGACACAUCUUCACAUCGAUUUAAUUCAGGAACUUGUGUAUCCAAGAAUAUAGUAUACAGUAAUGAAGCGUUUAAGAGAACAGACACCUGAAGAGGAACCUCUUUCUAAACGAAUAAACAAUCUUCAUCUAGAUGGAUCGUCAGUCAGUUUGUCUUCCUCUGUCGCUUCUCAAAAUCUUCCCAUGAAUAAUCCACUCCUAGAGAACAACAUGAAUUGCCUGCAAGAAAGAUUACGAAGUGCAGCAGUAGCAGGGGUACCAGUUCCAGGUGUCCUCAAUAGUACAUCAAAUGGACUGUUGAAUGGUGUUUCUCAUAUACAAAAUGGCAUUGACAGAAUUGCUAGUGAACUCAUAGCAAGAAGAGAGAUGCCAGAAUCAUUAAACCUUUUAUACCCUAACAUAAACCCUACCUCAAAUGACGCUUAUUUUGGAUUUAACAAAGUAUUACACGAUCUUCACAUUGAGAGGUUAAAAAGGUUAGGGAAAAUACCAAUUUAAGGUAGCAGUUCAUGUAUAGUGAAGUGAAUCUCAUAGCUUGCAUUGUUUUGUCAUUCAUUCAUCCUGCUUUUGUUUGUUGUUUUAGCUUUUACUCCAUUAAGUCUGUGAUAAUUGCAUGGCUUACCAUGGACUUCCGUUUAAUCCAAUAAGAGAAAAGCAGUGGGAUUUUCUUCUAUUUUUAAAUACCUUCUACUUUUUGUGAUAAUGAAAAAUCCCUUGUCUUUCCAUACUUGUAAUGUUCAGUGUAUGUGAAUGAUAUUGGAUAUGUAAUGUCUGUAAUGUUGAUUAUCGUGGUAUACUACAGUAUUUAUUUUUAAUGUGUGUUAACAGAAGCAUCGACCUUGUAUGUAAUAGAACAGUUAUAAAUUUUAA